AUCAAAAGAGCUUGAAUUCUUGACACAAACCUAAAGAAAAACUACUACGAAACUACAGUAUAACAUUCUUUUAUAUACAAAUUUAUAUUAAGACCUGUUGUCUCAUCAGAUUUAGAUUAUUUUCAAUGUGCUUAUCGUAUAAAAGUUAUAUCUCAAUUCAUUCAUGGCUUUACGAUUGUUCUUAUCUCAAUAUAAAUGUCCCGUCCCAGCAUAGUUUCCAAAUUAAAGAAGCAGGAAAAUGAAGUCGUCCUAUAAAACUAUCAACUUUUAUCCUUCUCCUCAAACUGCCUGAAUUCAACUGCCGGCUGGAACUGAUCGUGCGACUAAAGAAUCAUUAAUAAUGCAAGGCCUCUACACAACUCUAUCACAACUUUUUCAUCCAUUGGACUAACUUUCCUCAGUUGUAAAAAACAUCCACAAACUUUACAUGUCCCUUACCAUAAAGUUCAUUUAGUCCCGCACCUUUUUCGCAAUAUAUCGUUGAAAGAGAAAGUCUAUAUGUACGUGAUCGCAAACAUAUAUGAACGUGUAAUGCCAAUUCUAUGACCAUUACACGUUUUUACGAUCAUAAAUUAUUUAUCCACGCUUUUGUCGAACAAAGUACGUCAACAAGGUGAUAGUACAUCUUCUUGGACGUAACGAAUAUUUUAAUUCCCACAAUAUACACGAUAAUAUAAUAGAACUUUUGCGUUUGGAGAAUUAUGUCUUAUAUAUGCUUCGUACAAGUCAAAUAGUCCUUCGUGGAUAACAUGAGACAGUACACAUUUGGCCCUGGACAUGGAACAUUCAACCGGAUACAAUGAUUUCGAGUGGGCGAUUGGUCUAAAUCGGCUCAUGUUGAAAAUCAUCGGACUGUGGCCACCGGACAGUCGAGAUCCUCAUGAGACUAUAAAAUCGAAAUUUCGGCUAUUGUGCAGCAUUAUCAUAAUACUUUUCAUACUGACAAUACCAACUUUUGCGUCGCUAAUAAAAAUAUGGGGCAACAUGAUGCUAAUGAUAGAUAAUUUGAUAUACAGCCUCUCUCUGUUGAUUGCUCUAUUCAAAGUUUUCAUUAUUUGGUACAAACAAGAAGAUUUAGUGCUUCUGAUUGAUAUGAUCGCGAUAGACUGGAUGAAACCAAAGAUAAAAGAGGAGCGGGAUGUUAUGUUAAAGCUUACAAACAUCAGUCGUAUGAUCGCUAUAUAUGGAUGGCUACUGCCGUUCAUUGUAACAAUGAUUUGUAUCACCCUUCCAUGUUUUGGACGGACUAUCAGAUACAUAACAAAUUUGACAGACCCUGGAAAACCGAUGAUGGUACAAACGUACUAUUUACACGGCGUUUCCAAGAGCCCGCAGUUCGAAUUGACGCUUUUGGCCCAAGGAAUUGCUCUGUGCACAACGUGUAUCGCUUAUUAUUCGAUCGACCAUUUCCUCGGAUUAUUAGUCUUGCACGUAUAUGGCCAAAUGGAGAAUCUGCAUAUCCGACUGACACAUAUGGAGCGAUAUACGAACUUUGAUUCAGUUUUGAAAUACAACGUCCAAGAUCACAGCCGCUUAAUCAGAUCCAUUCAAAUCAUCGACGACUCAUUUGAUUUGUUACUGAUUGCCAUAAUAUUAUAUUUCGAUAUAAUAUUCUGCCUACUAGGAUUUUUCAUAAUUAACGUUCUUAAUGACGACGGCCAAUUACCAUUUAUGCAAUUAGUUUGUGUCGUUGGAACUAUCAUAUCCGUUUUGUUGCAUAUGUGUCUUUACUGCGUCGUUGGCGAAAUUCUCGUUACGCAAUGUGAAAAGAUUCAUCGUGCCGCAUACGAAUAUGCAUGGUACACUUUAGAUCCAAAAGCAGCGAGGAACUUAAUUUUAAUAAUGUUGCGCGCAAGCAAACCACUGUAUAUCACGGCUGGGAAGACAUUUCCCAUGACGAUGGCAACGUUUUGCAACUUGUUGAAAACAUCAGCAGGUUAUAUAUCAGUCUUGCUUGCCAAUCAAGAUUAACGGUGAUGAUAAGAACCUUGUGUUCAAACUUUAACAGUCGUUUACUAAAAUAAUUCUCAAAUAAUGAAAUAUCACAAGUAAAUUGC